AUGGCAUCGUGCUGGAUAAGCGCAGCACAGAAUGAGCUUGGCAUCUUCCAGCGUGAUUCCGAGUUUGUCUCGCCGCUCAGUUUGCAAUACUGUUCACCACCAAAACGGCCCUACAUUCUUCCGCACAGCAUUUGGAUUGAUUUUUUCCGAGAAAUGGCAUCGUGCUGGAUAAGCGCAGCACAGAAUGAGCUUGGCAUCUUCCAGCGUGAUUCCGAGUUUGUCUCGCCGCUCAGUUUGCAGUACUGUUCACCACCAAAACGGCCCUACAUUCUUCCGCACAGCAUUUGGAUUGAUUUUUUGGCAGAAAGAGUUGAUAUUGCGAAAUAUUCAAGUAGAGAGCAGCUGGACAUUCUGGAACUGAUGUUUGUUCAAACGCUUUCACUGACUGUUGGCCCUUCAAAAGGUGCUACUGCUGCUACUACAGUCUCCGGACGUUCCGAUCUGAUAUCUUCGGAAACAACCUUAGCUAAUGGUACUUGCUUGGCAAUUUUAAAAGCCCUUUCUGCAUACACAUAUGUAUAUAUAAACGGAAGAAAUAUAAACAUGUACAGAAAGAUAGAAGGAAUGUGGCGGGGUCAGGCUUAUUUUCUACAGAAAGUGGUUUUCGCAAGUCCUCAUGCGAAUUCCACUGAUCGCGAGUUGAUAUGGUUCCCAGACUAG